UAUUAUAAGGAAUACAAAAUUAUUUUAAUUUAUUGUACAGAAUUAUAUUUAAAAUUUAUGUAUGAUACAUUAAAUGCAUUUUCUUCUUUUAAAUACAAAUUGAAUUAGACAUUGACAUACCUUCUAUCUAGGUAAUAUUAAAGUAGUACUGUGAAAAGAAUAUUUAAAUAUCUGUUUUUGAUAUGGUGUAGUUGUGUUUAUUAUACUAUAAGAGAUAACUAAUAUUUUUAUGGCGAAGUUAGAUAGCGACAGUAGCAUGAUUUUGUGCAAAUAGAAGUAUAGAUCAUCGUUUAUACUGGCUACAGUAAAAUUGAUAAGGCGCUGAUACAAAGCAUGGCGUGCUCCUUCACGGAUUCAGUCGAUCUGUUGACUACGAACGAUAUACAUCGUGUAUUUAUGUUACUUCGCGAUUAAAUAAACGUAAUUAAUUGCUUCAUUAGACGAAUUGUGUACUAUAAGAAUUACAUUGCUAUUACAGGGGAAGGUUUAAAUAAUUUUUUCAAUAAUAUCAAGAAGCUCCUUUAGACAAUACAAGUUUUCUAGAAGUAUUCAGAAUUAAAUACUUCAAAAUACGCAAAGUUUCACUGAUGAAUGAUCAGUAUAUUUAAUUAGUGAUAGUGAGUGUUACUAACAGUGAUCCAGAGAGUGUUUUAUGCUUCACCUUCACAGAGAGAAUGUCAACGACGCCAUUAAAAAUAAAUAUAAUUGGUAAAAUUAAACAGGCUCCCACGCAGAUUCGUCGUUAAUAGGGCUCGAAUGAACACGAUCGCAGAUUUAAUCAUUUAAUCGGGAUCGCACGAUGACACCCUUCCCCUGGUCCAUCCCCUUGGAAAAUCUAUAUCACCCUCCAGAGGUGUCACAAUAAAACAGCUCGUGGCUGGUGGCCACUUGACAACGGCUGGAGAUAUUCUCACCCCUAAUGUAUAUUAAACAAGGCUCCCUUUUUUUAUACACCUCUGCAUCCCCCCCGUUGACUUCGUGGAGUGGCGCUAAUAAGAAUCUAAUUGCUUGGGAACGUUCGAAAUUUUAUUUUCAUUCCACGAAGCUCACGUUUGUCAAGCCGAGACACAUGGGGGUCUAACAGCGACCUAAGGGUGUCCGGAGGGAUGCUGGAUACGCAUGGAACAGUAUGGGACGGACCAGAGAGGAGCUCCACCCAUGGAGGCUCGUGCUCCGCCUUCGCAAAAUUCAUUUUCCCGGGGGUUGUAUCGUGCUUUCUAUUAGUCAAAUCGGCCCGUCUGGACUCGUCAGUCGGUUUAACAGCUACAAUCGUAACCCGGGUCAAAAGUGUCUCUUAUCCCUCCGAAUAAACUUAAAUACUAAUCCGUUAUUGUUUCGUGAAGUUGAAACUGGUGUUGUGAUCAUAAAAGUGAAGGAGAAUUGUUUUUUAAUAUGUACCAGGAGAUCCAGACGUGUUAUUCGUAAAUUACAGUCGAUGCUGACGUACAAUGGUUGUACCGGAGGUACCGUAGACACGGAGAAUGGUUCUCCAGCGGAUUCACUUUUGUCAGCCGAAGGGGAACUCGCCGAGGAAGCUGGGGAUUCGCCAGGUACACCGAGAGAUACCGAGGAGGAGGCUACACUUUCCGAUGAAUUUUAUUCCCACGAUACUGACGAGGAUGAGGAUCAAGGCAAGAAACGAAGAGAUCGCACUAAUUCCCUAGACGGCAUUUCCUCUUCCGGCGGUGGACACCUGGGUUCACCCACACCCAGAGUAGGCAGUCUAGGAGUUCGAAAGUUGUUCACAAACAGCCGUGAACGUUGGAGACAGCAAAAUGUCAGCGGUGCCUUUGCGGAACUUCGAAAAUUGGUACCUACUCAUCCACCAGACAAGAAACUAUCCAAAAACGAAAUUCUACGAAUGGCAAUUAGGUAUAUACGACUACUAAGCAAUGUCCUGGAAUGGCAAAAAGCACAAGACCGAAACGAAAUCAACCAACACGAAGUUCGAAUAAAAUGUGAGCCUAAUUUCAAUCAAAAUUCAACUAUGUAUCACACAAAAUCAUCAAUAUUAAAACAAGAGAAGCAAAUGAACGAGAAUCAUGGAUACAGAACAUCUGGUAUCAUACAGCAUCCGGUAUCUCAGGUGGUAUGUGACAAAAAUGGGAAUAAUUUAUUGAUGAUUGCUCCAAAUGGUCAUGGUAUACCUAAUAAGAGAAGUAUCACACCAUCGACUCAAAACCCUUUACCACCGGUUGUGAUGAAUAAUGGAAGUAUAAGAGCAUCUUCCAAUGGUCCACGACCUUCGACCUUCCCAAAAUCACCUCAAGUGAGUGGUCAAGGUAUAAGUUCCAGUAUUACUUGCCCAUCGACUGGAUCUGUGACGAAUAAUGUACCCACUGUUAAUGGAAACGUGCCUAAUUGUGGUCAGAAGAGGUUGAAGAUUGAGAAAGAGGAUGAUGAAUCUGGACAAAAUAGAGAGUGUAAGGUUUUGCCUGCUCAUAACGUCCCUAUGAGGAAAAGGGUGAAAAUGACCUUUGUUAAAGACUCGAAUCCGGGAUUUCGUAAUGAUUUUAGAAAUGUAGAACAUAAAUGAGUUUUAUUUACAUUACUGGAUGAAGAGACAAAGAUAUGUUAAGUGCAAUUUAGUAUAGAACAUUGGUGUACGUAGGUAAGGGUGGGGGGUGGGCCAGGUUCUUCGCUAUUUCCAAAUUUUCAAGUUUCAAAAUUUCAAAAAUCAAAAAUUUCCAAAUUUCUAAGGUACCUAGCCCUCCCCAGAAAAGAAACCUAGUCACUCCAAUGGUAUAGAAAGAAUCUGUACAACAAAACGGUGUAUAAUCUUUCUCAAAGAAUAUUUUAUUAGUUAAAUUGUAUUUAUGUUGAAUCUCAGUCAUACAUACCGAUACAACGAUACCAGAAAACAAUAACCGAAGAAUCACCAAUGAAUUUCUUAGAAGACAUCAACAUGUAUAAUCCAACAAUAUCACAAGAAAAUUUCCAAUACAUAUAAAAUUCCAUCAUUAACGAUACACAGAUUGACAAAAUUCGUACACCGAACAUGGCGAAGAGAAGUCAACGACUACGUGUUACAACAAUUUACUAACAACAAAGUCUGACUCAGAAAUGAAGAAAAUAAACAGGAAUUUAGCAAACGCA